UUCUAUGUAAGGAACAUGAUUAUUACUGAAAGUAUUCAUAAAGAUGGAUGUUUCAGGGAGCUCCCAGAAUUAUCACGGCAUUUCAUUAUGCGCCUCCUGUUUGUGACAAAACCAAUCUCCCAGAUAGUCCUAGCAGCAUGGAUCCCUCAUCAGGAACCAAGCAAAGACCUUGGAGACAUAGCAGCAGAGCACAAGCAGAGCACCCAGAUUCUGCUUGACAUGUACAUCUGGCAGGAGAUGAAGGACCAUCAUGGCAAUGCAGCUAUUAAACUCAACAGUACUUUUAGAGAGAACUUGAAGAUUGCUACUCUAGGAGGAGGAAAACCAUGGACCAUGUCAGCUGCCUUAGAUCCAGAUCCACAUCAAAGGGACUUGGAGUUUCUGGACAAAUAUGCUAUGGAUCGGUGGGAAAGCGUGCUGCAGUUCCUUGUCCAGCCAGGGAGAGGAGCGACAGUGAUUUCCAGGGAUGCAAUGAGAACAUUGCUCCAUGCUGGUCUCAUUGAAAGCAGCGAUGAGUCAGAUUCGCCCAACAUGCAGAUCACAAGCUCUGGCUUCCAGUUCCUCCUGCUGGACACGGCAUCUCAAGUGUGGUUUUUCAUCCUCAAGUACCUGGAGACAGUCACAGAACGUGGACUCAGCCUUGUGGCUUGUUUGACUUUCCUCUUCAAGCUUUCCUUUUCUACACUUGGAAAGGAUUACAGUAUGGAAGGGAUGAACAAUGAGCUACUAACUUUUCUGCAGCACUUACGGGAAUUUGGACUUGUAUACUUACGAAAAAGAAGUUCUGGCAGAUUUUACCCAACGAGAUUAGCUCUUAAUAUUACAGCAGGUCAGAAUAAGGGCAACCUUGAUGUUCCGAAACAAGGUGAUCUUGUCAUUGAAACAAAUUACAGAAUAUAUGCCUAUACUACUUCAGAACUACAAAUUGCACUUCUCUCCAUAUUUUCUGACAUAGAGGGAAGGUUUCCUAACAUGGUCGUAGCUUGCAUAUCGAGAGGAAGUGUGAGAAGAGCUCUGUUGAAGGGUAUCGGUGCUGAACAAAUUAUUCAUUUCCUCAGACAGCAUUGUCAUCCCCAGAUGUAUAAACAAAAUCCAGUUGUUCCACGUACAGUUUCAGAUCAGAUUAAACUGUGGGAGAUGGAAAGAGAGAGACUUGAAUUUAGUGAAGGAGUAUUGUACAAAGACUUCAUGUCAGUUCAUGAUUAUCUUUUGCUCUCAAAUUAUGCAUCCAGCAAAGGUGUUUUGAUAUACUCAGAUGAAAAACAGAGAACAGUGGUUGUGACAAAGAAAGGACAUCCCGCAAUAAAACAGUUUGGAAAGAAAAAACAGUCAAAAUAA